CUCCGUGACGCAGACAGCUGGUCUGGUUGUCUUUUAAACGAAAUCGCAUCCCAGGGUAGACACCGCGUCUGGGAUUACGAUCCACCCCGUGACCUGUCCCUUUUAUAUAUACAUAUACACACGAGGGAGUGGAGUGGUUUCCAUAGAGAGGGAACCAUCACGGCCCACUUAGGACACACAAAAGGAAAGAAGAAGUGACUCCAGCAGAGACAGAAGUUCAAGGGGAUGUUUCUGGGGCAGAUCUCCUGGUCCUGAAGCUGCACCUGCCACGCCGAGCAUUUCUACUCCAGAGCGAAGGCCACUCCCAGGGAGAGAUGCUGAUGCCAGCCUACCUCCUGCUGCUGCUGCUGCUGCUCCCAGGAAUCCCGCAGCCGGGCCUCUCCCAGAAGUUCCACCCAGGAAAGUCCUUCUUCAGCUGCAUCAACACAGCCUUGUGGGAGGCCCGGCAGAGCCCGCUGGAGGAUGCACCGCUGCUGAGCAAGAGAAGCUUCCCCUACCUGCCCAGCCAAGACCCAUCCUCAGGGGAGGACGAGGAGAAGGAGGAGGAGGAAGAGGACAAGAAGAAGAGGACCUUCCCAGGCUUCGGGGGUGGCAACGGAGCCGUAAGCGCCCGGUACAAAUACCUGUCCCCAGCUCAGCUCAAGGGGAGGCUGCACCAGGACAAGGCCAAGAGUGAUCGGCGCACCAAGUUCACUCUGUCCCUCGAUGUCCCCACUAACAUCAUGAACAUCCUCUUCAACAUCGCCAAGGCCAAGAAUUUGCAGGCCAAGGCAGCUGCCAACGCGCACCUGAUGGCACAGAUUGGGCGUAAGAAGUAGAGGCAGAGGCCAGCAGGACGGCGGCACCUCAAGGACAGGGACGGGGGUCAGGGUGGAGGGUGAGGGUCUGCCAAUUUGGCUGCUUUGUGUUCUGAGGGAUGGGCCCAGGUCUCCAGGCCGCCUCACUGCCCGCCCCCCGUGUUCCUUUGGUGCCUCCAGCCCCCCUCUCUCCACUGCACACACACACUGAACACUGUCCCGCCUGCAUGGACCUGAGCCCGUCGGGGUGUCUCCCGCUCUGCGCCUCCUUUCUGCUCCCCCGCAGUGAGUGGCCAAGGUCACUCACGCCUGCUCGCCAGGCUCUUCCUCCGUGACCCGUGCCCGAGAAGAGGGCGCACAGCGCUCCUCGUGCCCACACGCCUCCCAGCCACGGGGGCUGCAAGACGAGGUGCACCGCUCACCGUCCUGCCUUCAGACCCCUUCCCUUCUC